AUGGUCCAGUCAAGUAAUGACUCAGAGCCCUCCUCCCCCACUCUGGAGUGGCCGAAAAUGUGCCUUUCGCCAGGAUUGCUCGGGCAGGAUGACAAUUUCGACAAGCUGUCCGCGCUUUGGGAACAGCUGCAGAUGUGCACCAUUGAGACGGCAGACCCAGCGUUGGACCUCAUGACUUUCGCCGAGAAUGCGUACUACUUUGCUAUCAUCAUGCUUGAGUCUAAGACAGAGGUCAAGAAAGCUGUCUCCUGGUAUACAUACUCACAAGCGAUGCAGACUCCAAACGCUGGUAAAUUCUGGGCAUUUCAACCUAGUACACCCUCAACAUCCUUUGCACCGCCACCCGAAUAUUCAUAUUAUGACAAAUGGGAGUUUGCAACGACUCGCGAAGCAAUUGGGAUGGUCUAUCUCACCGUCACCCCGUGUACAUCCACUCACAGACCACCUGGAGAGCUGAAUAUCGGCAUUAUCUUGGAAGAAAGAGCUCGAAGGCGUGGAUAUGGCAGCGAAGUCGUACGGCAGAUGUUGGUAAAGGCAUUUGACGAGGGAAACUUUCAUCGAGUCCAGGCAUCGCUCGUCCAUGCCUUGAACAAGGAUGCGGCUAUGACGAUGUAUACGCAACUGAAGUUCAAUCAUGAAGGAACUCGAAGGCGAUCUUUCUACAGCCCGUUCGAGACAGAAUGGAAAGAUGUGACAUGUCUAGCUCUGCUGGAUACCGACUGGAUAAAUCGUCCGUUUUUGCACCCAGCCCCAAAAUCACUCUGGGACGAAAUGUUUGCGCGCCACGCCCGAGAAAGGGAAGAACUUCUUCGAUGGGAAGAUAAUCAGAAGCGGCUCAAGCGCACGGCCAGCAUGGAGACGAUUAUGCCUGGCGGUAUCGUCGAUGGCCACUCAGUCAGUGGUAACGAGAGUGACUACCAAUCCGCGACUGAAUCGGAAAGCGAUGCGGAGGAUUGUGGAAACCCACGUCGUUAUCCAUCAGUCUCGGAGGGUAGUGAUGUAGACUCAGACUUUGAUGAGACACACUCCCGCGUCAAUCUCCUCACCCGGAGGCCGAGCCCCGCCUUGAGUUAUGCGUCUUCUGACGAUCACUCGUGGAGGUCGUUAAGCCCUGCACCGGUCACAUUGUCCGCUUUGGCGCACUCUCCUAGCAGCAGAGCUGUGACCCCGGCGCUCAGCGAGCACUCCGUAGCCAGCGUACCCGAAACCGACGUGUCUAUGUCGGACGGCGACUUUUCAUCAUGGGACACUGACUUCGGUUCAGAGGACGACCGCUCAGAUGCUGAGCAUCAUUUUUGA